AUGUUGUGUAAAGCAAGCGCCCAAGCUGCGUUGCGGUUAGUUGUUGUGAAGAUAUUAGACCAUAGUUUAGAAGGAGGCUUUGAGGAGAUGAUCAAUACGCUGCUCAACGCGGGCGCUAAGGUCAACGCGCAAGGUGGAGGGUUUGGCAAUGCACUGUACGCAGCUUCAGCUAGAGGCGACAAGCAGGUGGUCCAGAUGCUGCUUAAUGCAGGUACCCAUCAACAGCAGGAAGACAAUACCAUCUUAGUGUCCAAAUAG